UGACUGACGCUGGUCAAGUAAACCACACGCUGAUGUUGAGAUAGCUGAACUUGUCCCCUCAUACAAAAGUAUACAAUUAUGUCGUCCAUGGAAGACGAAUUAUCGGAGUGUAGCAGCGCAGGUCGUUCACGAUUGGAAAGCUGUGUUUUCAGUUGUGAACUGUCCUCCAAAGUCCCGUUCUAUACUUACCAACGAGAUGAAGACGAUGAUGGAGAGCAUUUUAUCGAGCUACGAACGAUCUGCCUGGCGGAAGGAGCCAAAGAAGAGAGCAAUGUGGUGGAGGUGACGGCCAUGAACCACCAGGGGAAGAUGGUGUCUGUGCCUGUGGCGCACCUCCACGCCUCCUGCCUGCCCAUGGUGAGCCUGGGGGAGUUUGAGCUGAAGACCCCCGUGACCUUCCGUCUGAAAUCUGGAACAGGACCGGUCACCGUGAAUGGCCUCCAUCUCACAGCCUAUGAAAAUGACUCGGAGUCCGGAACGUCGGAGGACGAGGAGGAGGUUGACGAUGAUAUUGCCCCUGUCAAGCCAGCGAAGAAGAAGCAGAAGGUGUAACUGCUCUCCUGGAAGACAUC